UGAAUAUUGAUAAGCAGACAUUAAUUUAUAUACUGGAUUAAAUGCUUCAAUUACAUUGUAGUGAACAAAUAAUACAAUAGUUCAAUGGGUUCACUACAAAAUAACAGGUACUUCCCAUUAACAGAUCCAGUUUUGUGUUAAUUACAAAGUAUCGAAUCAAGCAUUUUGUCAAUUCCAUUUCCUCAUGAAGCGUGUUAGGCGUUUAGUUGUACUGGCAGUUCAACUUGCAGUCAUAGUAUGUACAAGUUAUCAACUGACAAAAUUACUAUUUCAAUUCAAAUGGGAGGAACAAUUCGGCUUAUCACGAAAUGAUGAUGGUUCCUCCUUCAAUGAAUUACCACAUGAAACUUAUUCAAGUUCAGUAGGUAAUUUAAAUCAGACCUAUUAUACUGCGUCACAAAUGAAGAAGUAUGAAAAUAAAAUUACACUCGGAUUUACUGAGAAAGAUCUUGAAGAAUUAUAUGAAAGGAAUUCUACUCCAGCUGCCGUGAGUUUCUUAGAAUGACUCUUCUACUAGAUUUUGAUAGUAAUUGCUUCAGUUGACAGAACUUCUCAUUUUGUUCUAUACAUUGUAUCAUAAUCACUCUGACCCUAUUUUUACUUAAUAAUAAGAAUGAAUUACUCAC